UUUCGCUCAUAUUUAGCUGAACACAAACUUCUUCCACAUAUAAAAACUCAGAAACGCUGUCACGCAACUGACCGAAGCAUCGGCUACCACACAUCCACGCUCGCUGCGUGUGUGUGCGACGUGUGUGUAGCGAACAACAAUCAGUCCACGUGUGUGAUCGUUAUAAUGGCUGUGGACGGAACAGAUGAGAAUAAAUUGGAACGAGGUGUUUACACAAAAGAUGCAUCCCGUCCUCGAAAGACCCUCGGUGGAUCUCUGUCCGAUCUCAGUGGGUCUCAGAAGUGUGGAGCCUGGGCCUCACACUUUCAGCGGCUCUUUGUGUCGUUCAUCGGAGCAGACUGGAUCUUCCUCAUGAUCCUGGGGUUCAUCAUGGCAGUGAUCAGCUUUGUCAUGGAUGUCUUCGUCGACAACUUCACAGAAGCACACAGGUGGAUCUACAAUCUUGCAGACAGUCAUGUUUUACUGCAGUAUUUGGCGUGGGUCGCAUAUUCUUUGUUUCUGAUAUGUUUUGCGGCAGGCUUCGCAAACAUAGUAUCAAUUCAGGCCGCCGGGUCUGGAAUUCCUGAAAUGAAGACGUGUCUGAGAGGAGUGAUGCUGCCCGAAUAUCUCACGUUCAACACAUUAGUGUCCAAAGUCAUCAGUCUGACCUGUGUGCUCGGAAGUGAAUUACCUGUGGGGAAAGAGGGUCCGUUUGUGCACAUCGGCAGCAUAUGUGCCUCUGUCCUCUGCAAAUUCAUGUCUCUCUUCAGUAGCAUUUAUAAGAAUGAGGCCAGAAACAAGGAGAUGCUGACGGUGGGAUGUGCUGUGGGAAUCGGCUGCUGCUUCGCUUCUCCUAUCGGAGGUGCGUUAUUCAGCUUAGAGAUCACAUCUAUGUUUUUCGUCGCACGAAACUACUGGCGUGGGUUUCUGUCUGCUACGUUCGGUGCCUUCAUCUUCAGACUUCUGCCGGUGUGGAACAAACAGGAAGAUACUCUUAUGGCUCUUUAUGCAACGAAAUACAGGUUGGAGUUUCCUUUUGACCUGAAGGAGAUUCCUGUCUUCGCUGUGAUGGGGAUUGUAUGUGGCUUUGGCGGUGCCCUCUUUGUGUAUUUGUAUGGAAAGAUUACUCUGUUUGUGAAGAAGCAGAAAGCCACCAACAGCUUCCUCAUGAAGAACUGUUUCUUGUAUUCUGCUUUGGUUUCUGUGCUGAUUUCAACGCUCACUUUUCCUCUGGGCUUUGGGCAGUUCAUGGCUGGACAGCUUACACAAAGGGAAUCCUUGAUUUCCUUUUUUGAUCAUCGCACCUGGUCAAAUCAUGGCAUCGUAGCAGACUUUGAUCAUGACGAUCACUUAGCCGCCUGGAAACAUCCGCAGGCUAACGUCUUCAUCAUUCUCUCCAUCUUCGUCAUCAUGAAGUUCUGGAUGUCUGCUAUUUCUAUAACCCUUCCUAUACCAUGUGGUUCCUUCGUUCCCAUUUUUGUCAUUGGUGCUGCGUUUGGACGUUUGGUGGGUGAAGGUUUGGCCACAUUGUUUCCAAAUGGCUUUAACAUGGAUGGACACAUAUACCCUAUAAUGCCCGGAGUGUAUGCUGUCGUAGGAGCGGCAGCGUUAACGGCUGGAGUCACUCACACGCUCUCAACCGGUGUGAUCAUGAUGGAGUUGACGGGUCAGAUCAAUUACGCUCUGCCCAUCCUCAUCUCUGUGAUUCUUGCCAACAUGAUCUCGCAGACUCUUCAGCCGUCCAUCUACGACAAAGUUAUCCGCAUAAAAAAACUGCCUUACCUGCCCAUGCUCAGCUGGGGCCACCGCAAUAAGCAUAAUAUUCAUGUGGGGGACUUUAUGAAAAGAGAAGUUUGUUAUAUCACGCUGAACUCCAACUACCGAGACAUAUUCAAAAUCCUACGCUCAGGAAAUCUGAAAACACUGCCAUUGGUGAAGUCCGCAGAGUCGAUGCUCUUGCUGGGUUCAGUUGAGCGUGCUCAGUUACUUGCACUCUUAAAGCAGCGAUCACGGAACCUGCGAGAGGAAAAUGCGUCCACAAUCCCUUUCAGCUACAAUGUUCACUUCCAGACGUCCACAGAAGAGUCUGCAUCCACUUUCACUGAUCCGGCGUCCACUGAACCUCUGAAGAAGCCGUCUGUCGAUGAGAAAGAUAUUACAAGUCUUUAUGAUUCUGGCCUGAGCUUGAAGAAGUUCUUCUGUUCUCGUCCUGACAUUAAGGCAAUGGAGGACGACCCAGACACAGAGGAUGAUGAAACGAUACUUCAAGAGGUCGAGGAGUGGGAGGAGCAACAGCUUGACGAGCAGGUGAACUUCAACAACUGCAAGAUUGACCCCGCCCCCUUCCAGCUGUUGGAGCGCACUUCACUGCACAAGACUCACACCAUGUUUUCUGUGUUGAACCUGGAUUACGCUUACGUCACCAGCAUCGGACGACUUGUCGGAGUCGUUUCGCUGAAAGAGUUGUGUAAAGCUAUCGAGGGAUCCCUGCCGGCGGACGGCGUGAGGUUGCGUCCCAUUCUGGCCAAUUUCAGAGACCGAGGCGUUCGAGGAUUCAGGACCGAGACCACCGAAAUCCACAAAGUACUGGAGCGUCAGAUCAGCUAAAACACCAGACGCCCAACGCAGUUUAAUAGAGUCUUUUCCUGCACGGAUUCCAUUUCCAGUUUUAAAAACAAUAUGUAAAUGAAGUUUCUAGUGCAAACCGGUUCUGUUAGGGUUAAUGUGUGUGUAGUAUUUACACAUAGCUGUGUGUAGAAGCAAUAGAAGUCAAUGGAAAUAUGUGUGUGUUUGUUACAGAAAUGGCCGAAAAAGUAAUUUAUUUAUUAUUAUUUUUAGAUAUUCAGAUUGAUCUUUGAAUGCAAUGGCCAUUAAGCGCAGCUCUAAAUCACCUGUUGGUUAAAAUGUUUGUAAUUUUAGUUACCAUUUGAAAUCAGUCUGAUUUUCAGAUUGUUUCAUAAUAAUUUUUGAUGUUUUCAACGAAAAAUAACAAAAAUAUAUUUUCUGACUAAUGCAUUUUUUUUAAACUGUAGUUUUGUAGCAAUAUGCAUUUAAUUGCAACAUGACAGAAAUUAUAAAUAAAGAAAAACAGACAGAGAAAAUUAAAUCGAGUUUAAUAAUAACAACAAUUUCUGGGGGGAAAUGUGCACUUUUUAUUAGUCUCUUGAUCAUCAAUCAAGAAAAUGUAAAUGUUGUUAAAUAAAUAAAAGGUAUAAUAGUUUUAUUGAUAUUAGUAAAAUAAUAUUGGGGAUAAUGUGCACUUUUU